AUGGCUAAAACAAAUGCAGAAAGACAAAAACUUUAUCGUGAAAAUUUAUUAAAAAAUAAAUCGAAGUAUGAUCAAAUGAGGAAAAUAUCUCGUAUACGUGAUAAUAAAAGACGUCAAAAUUUAAAUAGUGAUUUAUUACAACAGUUACGUAAUCGACAAAAACAAGCAUCAAAAAAAUAUCGUGAUAGAAAAAUACUUGAACGUAUAAAUAAUAAACAAUCAUCAUCAUGUAAAUCUCGUCAAUCAUUUGGUAAAGCAGUCAAACGUGUUCUUCAAUCAUUACCAAAAGAUAUUAAUAAAUGUGUUAGUGUAGUUCAUCAUAUUGCACAAGAAUUUAAUAUCAUUCCAAAAACAACAUCUCAUCAUCAACGUGAACAACGUCCAUUAUCAAUUGAAUUAAAACAAUUAGUUAUGAAUUUUUAUAGCCGGGAUGACAUCAGUUACCAGUUACCUGCACAUCAACUAUUUCUAAUUGAACAUGAUCAUACAAAUGCUUAUUUAUCAUUAGGAUCAUUUAGUGAUCUUCGACCAUCAAAUGUACUUCUUCAAUCUCAUAUGACACACCGUAAUUGUUUAUGUGUUUAUCAUGAAAAUAUAAAUUUAUUGGUAAAACCAUUAUCAAAAUAUAUUCCAUGUCCUGGUUUACAUUCACUACAAGCAUUUUCAUCAACACUUGUUUGUUGCGAGACAAAUGAAGAAUAUAUGUUUAGUCAAUGUUCUUUAUGUGCAAAUAACUUCGAAAAGAAAAUAAUAAAACAUGUUACUAAUUUUACACAAUCAGUUAAUUGA